GAGGGGGAGGGGUGGCUUUCUUGGGCCGCAGCUGCAGACGGCGCAGUCGCGGCUGCGAGUGGAAUGGAUGUAGUGGCGGGCUGGGAGACACUGCCUGGUCUCGGAUACCAUCCCGCAGCGGCUGGGGCAAGGAGCGCUUGGCGUGGCGCCGUGCAGGUUAUUAUCAGAUGUCAGCCGCCCAGAUUAAGUGACGGGAUUGUGGCCAGCACGAAUCUAAAAUAGUAUCACAGCAGUGGUCGUGGAGUUUUAUUUUCUCUCUACUACGUGAUCAACUCUGUUUCUACAUUUUUUAAAAAUAUUGUGGAUUUGGAGAUGUUUCUUCUGGGGAGGACUCUGUUGAUUCUAGAGCUACUGGAGACCGUGGCACUGGCACACUGGCAGAAUGAGCCAUUGCAGAUCACCAGAGACUUAGACAGCCAGAUCGAGGCCUCCAUGCAUUCUGUAUUGGGACAGGACACCCCUACUGCCACUUUCAGUGUCCCUGAUGGCUCUGCAUACAUUAGUCGGGCCUUUACAAUGAGAAUCCCCACUGAUGCGCUACCUGCCCAUGUGGUAUUAAAGGUCACAGAGUCUGGGAAGGAAACUCUGCCCUCAUGGCUGCACUGGGAUCCUGCAAGCCGUUCUCUACAGGGGCUCCCACUGGACACGGACAGAGGAGUUCACUACAUCUCAGCUGUCGCCAUGGAACCAGCUGCAAAUGGAAGCCUGGUGCCUUUUGCUGAGGAUGUUUUCUCUGUCGAGGUUCUGCCAGAUGACCCGUUGGAUAGUACACCCCUUUCUGUGUCAUCGCAGUUGGUCAACGAGGUCACGCCGAUGGUCUGUGCACACGAGGAGCCACUUACCAUUCUGACAGUGAUCUUGGACGCGGACCUAACGAAGAUGACAGCCAAGCAACGCAUUGGACUGUUGGAUAGAAUGCGCAAGUUUGCAGAGGUGGGUCUCAAUCAAAUGAAACUCGUUCCAGUUGUCAACAACCGUCUGUUUGACAUGUCUGCCUUCAUGGCUGGGCCUGGAAAUGCCAAGAAGGUGGUGGAGAACGGAGCUCUGUUAUCCUGGAAGAUUGGCUGUUUCUUGAAUCAGAACAACGUCCCAAACAUCAGCAACGUGGAGGUCCCUGCUAAAGAGGGAACCAUGUCAGCCCAGCUUGGCUAUCCUGUGGUAGGGUGGCACAUCGCCAACAAGAAGCUGCAAGUGACGAAGAGAGUGAGGAGGCAGAUUAAUCCCACGCCAACACCCAUCAUCGUAGCCCUGCCACCAACAACUGCUGUAAAGGAACCUCCUACCCGUAUCGUCCCAACACCCACCUCUCCAGUUAUUGCACCCACCACUGACAGAGUGGCCCCGCCCAUCAGGAAACCCUUGAUUAGCAGACCCAUUAAGACCGUCAGACCAAAGGAUACAAUUACCCACACACCCACACUGGGCCCAGUGCAGCCAACAAGGGCACUGGAAAAAUCAAGUACAACGGUGACAGGUCAGAUAGAGCCUACCGCAACGAGGCAGGGUUACGUGGAGCCCACCGCGGUGCCAUCUCCACGCACAACCAAGAAGCCUCGGGUCACCACUUUGAAGCCACAGGUCACAACUCCAACCACCAUGACUGCAAGCACCAAGAAAGCGAAGGGGCGGACCAAGGCACCCCGUGUGACCGCCAAGCCGUCCACCACCAGGCUACAAACUACCUCGCCACCCACCAGGCGCACAACCAGCCCUGUUCACGCCACCAGACCUGGCCGGGUGACAAUCCCCGACAACCGGCCACCCAAACGCAUGAAUCACAUUGACCGUGUGGACUCAUGGGUGGGUACCUACUUCGAGGUUAAGAUCCCAUCUGAUACGUUCUACGAUUACGAGGACGGCACCACUGAUCAGCUGCAGCUGACCCUCAAGCUCAAGGAGCAGCAACCCCUGAGUGAGAGCUCGUGGGUGAAGUUCAACAGCACCAGCCAGCUGCUCUACGGCUUACCGGACACCGGCCAUGAGGGCAAGCAUGAGUACUUCAUGCACGCUGCAGAUAAGGGUGGCCUGACUGCCGUGGACGCCUUUGAGGUCCACGUCCACAGCCGGCCUCACGACGGCAAGUCGAGUGUCAAAUUUGCCGCCCGUUUCCAUGGCGAUCACAGGAAGGUGACUAACGAUGUCAACAAGAAGAUCCAACUGAUUAAGAAGUUGGCCUAUGCCUUCAAUGACCGCAACAGCAGCACUGUCACCUUGCAUAGCAUCUCCAAGGGCUCCAUUGUGGUGGAGUGGACCAACAACACUCUGCCACUUGACCCCUGUCCGGAGGAUCAGAUCCGCUCACUCAGCAGCCGUGUCACCGACGAUGACGGCAGCCCAACUCCAAUCUUUGUGAGUGCGAUGGAGCCGGAGUUCUUGCCCAUCAACAUCUCGGUGACCGGCACAGGGAGCUGCAAGAACAUCCAGUUCGUGCCGGCAGUCCAGUCCAAGGAGAUCCCAGCCGAGCCCACUGUGGCCGUUGUUGCAGGCGAACCACCGUCCAGGACCAGCAACGAUGACGUGUACCUGCACACGGUCAUCCCCGCGGUGGUGGUGGCUGCCAUCCUCCUCAUCGCCGGCAUCAUUGCCAUGAUCUGCUACCGCAAGAAGCGGAAAGGGAAGCUCACCAUCGAGGACCAAGCCACCUUCAUCAAGAAGGGCGUCCCCAUCAUUUUCGCCGAUGAACUCGAUGACUCCAAACCCCCUCCUUCAUCGAGCGUCCCACUCAUCCUCCAGGAGGAAAAGCCCCCUCUCCCUCCUCCCGAGUACCCCAGCCAGUCUGGCCACGAGGCUAUCCCCCUGGGCCAGGAUCUGAUUGGUGAAUACACACCUCUGAGAGAAGAGGAUCCCAAUGCACCUCCCUACCAGCCUCCACCGCCCUUCACGGCGCCAAUGGAAGGGAAAGGCUGCCGUCCAAAGAACAUGACCCCUUACAGAUCCCCACCUCCCUACGUCCCACCCUAAUACUUAGGGGACCUUGGGUUCCAGUUUCCCCCACCUCCCUACCCCAGCCACCUCCCCACCUCCACGUCCCAACACACCACCACCCCCCCCCCCCCCCCCCCCCCUUCACCCACCCUGACCCUCCUGUCCACCACUCAGUGCUGUCUGUAGGAACGGAAGCCUGCUGCAAUUUUUAAUUUUUUUGAGCACUGGGUCUGUUGGUUUGGAAGCAAAGUAUUGCUGGAGUUUCACUGCAGCAUCUAACGCUGUUGAUCACCUCCCUGGCUUGGCGAGAUGAUCUCCACCAAUCAGCAUUGUUUCCUUGAUCUCCUAUGUACAUUGUAACUGCAGGCUUCAGAACAUUUGUUUUAAAAUGCUAAAGAGACCACGGGCAGCACUGGGGAUGUUUGAUACGGUUUGCCUUUAACACUAAUUGUACUGUUUUCUAUUCACACGUGUCUAGCAAUGGAAGUAUAACAAAAUGGUAGCCUAAUGUAAAUGUCAGAGACUGUACUGAAAUCAGUUUGUUUUACAUUUAAUCCACUGUACCUAAACUUGUACUUCUAGUUUGGCCAUGUUAAUUGUUUUAAGAUACAACUUUACUCUGCUCUGGCUUUUGGGACACCUUGUCGACUUCAGUUCUGCUCGUCAUCAUUUCUUGCUGUCAGGCCAUUGUUUAUGGUUCUCUAACUCCUUCCUUCACUUGUCACCGGUUCUUUAGUGUGUCUGUGCCGGAUGCUCUUGCAAAGCCACCUGGCACCCUGCACGACAAUGCUGUCCAUCUUUUGCGUUGUACGCUCAAAUUUGGUGUGUCCUUCACCUUCUGCCUCCUUGCAACCUUGCAUGCCUUCUGUCUCCCUGAGCUUUCCUUUCAUUUUUCACUUGCAUUGCAUUUCAUGCUCUGUUGUGUUCUUUCUCUCUCUCUCUCUCUCUCUCUCUCUCUCUCUCUCUCCCUCUCCCCCCCCCCCCCCCCCCCGAUCUGUGCAGUUAGUAUAAAGUUGCUCAUUUGUCGAGUCCUGCUACUCCUAUCUCAGCUACUUGGCUGCUGACAGACAGGGGUCUUAUGAUAGAUUAUAUUCUAGUCAGCCGGAAAUGAUUAAAAUAAAAAAAUUCAAUCUAAUUUUUUUACUAAAUUUUUGAUACAGCCUCAAUCCUUUUAUUAAAAGCAUACUGCGAUUUGUAAACGCUUGGCUUCUUAGGAAUUAUUAAAAUGAAAUUGGUUUUGAUUUUUUUCUUCUUGCUCUCUAUCUAUCUUCUCUUUUCAUAGAUCACCUUAUAAAUUUUAAUUUAGAAGGUUUUUAAAAAAGAAAUUACUGCUUUUAUUUUUAAAGAUUAUUCUCACAGGAUAUCAUACAGGCCUACCACAUUUUACUGGACUGAACUACAAGGAGAUGGUAUUUGAAACUUGGACUCACAAAAAAAAACCCAUUGCAAUAAUAGUGUGCUGCACUGGCUUGGGUGGUCCGUCUUUAGGACUGGCUUAAUGCGCACACCAUGGGAUCUUGAAGCCAUAAUGGAAUAUGGCGCACAUGCCCCACGUGAGCGCUUGGAUCUGCAUUGGCCAGGAGAGAUCUGAUUCAUCCAUCGUCACGGUAAUUGGUGGGCAAAUCAAAACAGAAUAAUGCAUUGUUAGCAAUUUUACUUUUUACAGUUAUUAGUGAACAUUUUAUUUAUGCCACUAGGCACUGUAUGUUGGAAGUCUUGUAUUAAAAUGUGUUUUCACCAAA